UACUAGAGAUAGAAAAAAAGCCCUCCAAGCUAUCCAAGAUAAAAAUUUCGAAACUGCCUCAGAUGAUAUGUUUUCAUUCCAUCGUAAAAUAGCUAGAGAAAAUAGAAUUGCAAUUUCUGGUUGGUCUAUGAUAA